AUGUAUUCGAAUCUCGAUGAAAUCUCGGCGCCAGAACCUGUGCAAAAUCCUGACGACUCCAGCGGCACUGCGAACGAGGCUCGGACCAGCCAAACGACCCAUCAACGAGAUACCGGUUACGAAAACUUGGACGAGCUCGCCGACCCAGCUCCAGAUCAAAAUCCAGAAGAGGACCGAAACUACAGACACAGCAAUCUGGAGGAUGAGCGGGAGAAGGAAGAAUACGAAAAUUCCAAUGGUCAAUCAUCGGGGACAGACAUACCAACUGGGUCGGAGCAAAGCGUUGCGGAGAGUCUCGCCGGAGAAAAAGUGAUUGCUUCGGAGCGGUUUGUCAAAUUCACCGUUUGGUCGUAUCUGGUCCUGUUUUCGAUACUCGGUACACUUGCCAGGUUGGGAUUGCAAGGACUUACGCGAUACCCGGGGGCGCCAAUUCCUAACACGGAGCUGUGGGCAAAUGUUGGAGGCAGCUUCGUGAUGGGGUUCAUUCGAGAAGACAGGCUGUUGUUCCGAAAGCACUGGGCGAGCGCAAAUACACCACGCGAGUCUAGAGGCACGCUGGGAGAGAAGAAGAAGUCAAUGGGCUCAGAUCAACAAGGCAUCACUGAAUCAUUCAUGGCCGCGAAGGCAACGAUUCCUGCCUAUGUCGGCGUGACGGUCGGGUUCUGCGGGUCCUCUACGUCUUUCUCGUCAUUCAUCCGGGAUGUUUUCCUUGCUUUGUCAAACGAUCUCAACACAGCAUCAAUCUCGUCAAUGACCGUGACAUCGGUUCCAAGAGUACGCUCAGAUGGAUAUAGCGUCAUGGCUGUACUCGGCGUGCUGAUUGUGGAAAUCACAAUCAGUCUUGGCGCACUCUCUUGUGGAGCGCACAUGGCUACAUUCUUGCAUCCGUUCGCCGACUCUGCAUCGAGCAUCGAUCUGGAGAAACAUCUAGACGGCCUUGCCAUCGUCUUUGGCUGGGGCGCCUGGAUCGGAGCCAUCAUCAUGGCGGUUCUCCCACCCGAUCGUUCUAACAGCUCGAAAGAGACUUGGCGAAGUCAGGUAUUGUUCGCUCUGGUAUUUGCGCCCGCAGGAUGCUUUGUUCGGUUUUGGCUAUCAUUGUGGCUGAACGGAAAAAUCAAGAGUUUUCCACUGGGUACAUUCAUGGCAAACACGAUGGGAACCCUUGUGCUAGGGAUGUGCUAUGCCCUACAACAUAUAACGCUGCCCAGUAGUAGCAGGAGUGUGGGUGGGGGUCUGGUUGGAUGUGCAGUCUUGCAGGGUAUUCAGGAUGGGUUUUGUGGCUGCUUAACUACUGUAAGCACCUGGGUGUUGGAGCUCAAGGGUCUGCGCAGAAGCCAUGCCUAUCGUUAUGGUAUUGGGAGUGUCGGCAUGUCACUUUGUCUUCUGGUGGUAAUCAUGGGCACAGUGAAAUGGACCAUAGGCUUUUCUGCUCCUGCAUGCAAAAUUUGA